CCCCACAUGGUUAGAUACAAAAACAAUCAAAAGCAAAAACACUUUUAAAAGAUUAAUGUCUUCUCUUUGCAUGAUUACUUUACAAAUAAUAUGGAUUCUUAUGAGUCCAUUGGUUCAUUCACUAAAUGAAGAAACUAUCCAAAGAUCAACCUAUAUCAUCCACAUGGAUAAAUCACUUAUGCCUAAUGUUUACAAUAGCCAUCAUCAUUGGUACACCUCCACCGUUGAAUCCCUCGUCGCCGCCCCAUCGGACGGCUCAAAAUCAUCCACUUCUUUUUCUUCACCAAGUAUCCUUUAUAGUUAUGAUAAUGCCUUACAUGGGUUUAGUGCACUACUAUCCCAAAAUGAGCUUAAAAUGCUUGAAAAACACCCUGCUUUUAUAAUAGCCUAUAAAGAAGCUAAGGCUACUCUUGACACCACUAGGACUAUUGAAUUUCUUUCUCUUAAUUCGUUGACGGGCCUUUGGCCCGCCUCGAAGUAUGGUGAAGAUGUUAUUGUUGGUGUUAUUGACACUGGAGUAUGGCCCGAGAGUCAGAGCUUCAAUGACGCCGGGAUGGCACCAGUGCCAUCCCGGUGGAAAGGUGCAUGUAACGGAGGACUAGAUUUUAACACUUCAUUGUGUAACAAGAAGUUGAUAGGGGCAAGAUACUUUAACAAAGGUAUUUUAGCCUCGCAUCCUGAACUUAAGUCAAAACUCAACUCUGCUCGAGACACUGAUGGGCAUGGGACCCACACGUCAUCAACAACAGUAGGAAGCUACGUUGAUGAUGUGUCUUUUUUUGGAUACGCAAAAGGUACAGCUCGAGGGGUAGCCCCACGAGCUAGGGUGGCUAUCUAUAAGGCUGUGUGGGAGGACGGGUCUUCCCAGACAGCCGAUGUACUCGCUGCCAUGGACCAAGCAUUAGUAGACGGCGUUGAUGUCAUUUCAAUUUCUCUAGGGUUCAACAACUUACCAUUGUACCAAAAUCCUGUGGCUAUAGGCUCAUUCGCAGCUAUGGAACAGGGAAUUCUAGUGUCCUCCUCGGCAGGGAAUAAUGGCCCACGUUAUGGUUCGAUCCAUAAUGACAUCCCAUGGUCCUUGACAGUGGCAGCAAGCACCAUUGAUCGACAAUUUGCCGGCACUUUACUCCUCGGAAAUGGCCUAAAAAUGAAGGGUUGGACCUUAUUUCCAGCCAAUGCAAUCAUCCAAAAAGUCCCAUUAAUAUACGACAAAAAUCUAGCAACAUGUAACUCUUCUGACUACCUAACAAAAUUAGCUUCAAAAAACAUAGUCAUAUGUGAUCAUAAUGCUACUGAUCCCCAAAUCAUAACUUAUCAAAUGUCUCAAGUCUCGAGUUCCCAGGUAGCCGGUGCCAUAUUCAUCUCCGACAACCAAUUAUUCUAUGAGGCCGGAGAUGUAACAUGGCCCGGUAUCCUUGUUGAUUUGAAGGAUGGCCAAAACAUUAUAGAAUAUGCAAAAACACAUAACAAUCCUUGGGUAAGUAUGCAAUUUCAACAAACAUUAGUUGGAUCAAAUCGUGCACCAAUUGCUGCAUCUUACACUUCUAGGGGUCCAUCUAGCUACUUUCACACCGUGCUAAAGCCAGAUUUAAUGGCCCCCGGAACACAAGUACUAGCUGCUUAUGUUCCCAACAUUCAAAUUGCUUAUAUUGGCACAACUAUAUCACUAUCUAGUGAAUAUGCUUUAUUGUCCGGAACAUCAAUGGCGUGCCCACACGCAUCAGGAGUAGCCGCCCUUUUAAGGGCGGCUCAUCCUAAUUGGAGCCCUUCUGCUAUUAAAUCCGCAUUAAUGACUACAUCAAACCCAUUUGAUAACACGGGUAGUGUUAUUAUGGACAAUGGUUUCGUCAAUUUGAUUGCUUCUCCAUUAGUCAUGGGUUCGGGUCAGAUGGAUCCUAACCGUGCACUUGAUCCUGGGUUAGUCUAUGAUUUAGCACCAGUUGACUAUGUCAACUUAAUGUGCUCGAUGAAUAUGACUAAAAACCAAAUUUGGAGCAUUGUAAGGUUGAAACACCAAGAUUGCUCGACCCCAUCAAACGAUCUCAACUACCCGUCUUUUAUUGCUUACUAUGAUGUCGAUAAAAAAGAAACGGGUACUAUGACUUAUCAUAGGACGCUAACAAAUGUUGGAGGUGAUCAUACGACGAGCUAUAAAGCUGUAGUGCGUCCUCCUAAGGGCUUUCGUGUAAAAGUGCAUCCAAAAACAUUGGUGUUCAAGGGACAAAAUGACAAACAAAGCUUUAAUUUGACUUUAAAGUAUAAGUUUGAUCAUGAUUUGAGGGAAACAUUUGGUUCACUUGUGUGGAUGGAACAUAAUGGACAUCAUAGAGUUAGGAGUCCUAUUGUUGUGGCCCCUACAUCGUACUUUUAGGGUUCUUUUUGAUCAAAUUUGUUGCAUAUAAUAUCUUAAUAAAAUUUGUAGCUAAAUGAGUUGUUUAUAUAAAAGUGAAGUAAUUUUUGUAUCAAAAUUAAUAUUCUAAUUUAUGAAAUAGUGUUAGUAGUACUAUUAUUACCCCUUAGAAAUACCUUCAAAUAUAUAAUAGGAUGAAAAUUAAUAAAAAUAAAUAAAGUGAUAAAAAGGUACAUU